GUAAAAUUGGCAGUGUUAAAUAAGCAGUGUUAUUCUACAUUUACUCUUAAGGAGUUAACUUAACAACAAAUAGUGAAAGAUCCCCUCUAGUGUUGGUGAAAAUUAUCAGAGUUAAAUUCUGCCUCAUUAACUUUACUCUGUUAAGCUCCGCCCCUCACGCUAACGUCAAGGAUCUGAACAGACGUUUCUCAUCGUCGUUUCCACCGCCAUUUUCUUUCUCCGCGCACCAAAAGGCCUAUUACAGGACAUGCUGGUUAAGGUGAAACUUGGGGAUGCUCAAAAAUUUGUUAAAAUAACCGAGCUGAGCCUGAAGGAGUUUUUGUCUGCUGCUUUUUUAAAGUUUGGUGUCCUAACUGUACCCGAGAAUGUGAUGGUUGUUGAUGAAUCAGGGACGGAGGUGGAUGAUGAUGUUUUUGAGGAUGUAGUUAAAGAUCCCUCAGUUGGAGUUCUAACCAUAAAACAUGGUGCAGACUUGGAAUCUGCCUCUCCACAAGCCUCUCCUGUGCAGUUAAAUCAGUCCCUGUCUUCAUCUAUUGACUCCACUGACUCACAGAACACAGUGAUUAUUGAAGAAAGCUCUUCAAGUAAAAGAAUGAGGCUAGAUUAUGAAGCUAAAAAGUUGGUGGAAUCCAUUCUUGUCCAGAAACCUGGUGGGGAGCGUGUAAUAAAUGAAUACAACCGAACUAAGACUUUGGGGGAUGAAACGAGAAGGAAAAUGGUGAACAUCCUGGCAGCUGACAUGACAGAAAAGAACGGUACAUCACCACCACGGCAGGUUAAAGAAAAAUACGCCAGAGGAAUUGUGGCUUUGUUCCCUUACCUCAGUGAACCCUUCUCCAAAAAUGGCUAUGAGCAUUACUAUGAUUGUGAGAGUGGCACUGGGUACUUGGCAUGGAGAAUCAAAACUAUACAGAGAGGCUUGGCUAAAGAACGACGAGCAUCAUUUGAAGGACAAGGAGCAUCUUCAGAGGGGAUGUCUGGUGGACCAACUGUAAGACGGGAGUCAGAGUUUACUCCAGAGAUUGUCUUGAGUGAGGAUGAAUGCAAGGAAUCAAUUGCAUUCAUGAAACAUUCUGCUGAUGAGGACACAGUCAAGAAGAAGAUGAAAUUGACAUUUGACUAUCGCCACAACAUGGUUCUUGACCCUAUGCAGUCAAGCGAUAUAUUGACAGUCUUUUCACGUUUCAAAGACGUUAAAGGCUUGAUUGAGCAAGACUUUGUUCUGAUGUUUGGAGAAGGAGUGUCAGGCAAGCUACUGGAGAAAUGGACGACUGCAUUCAAGAAAAAAGUGAUUGAGCAGUCCAAAAAGCUUCCAACCACCAGUGAUUUAGAAGAACUCCUGCUAGCAGCUCAAUUUCCUGAUCACCCAGAAGAAGGUGUUAAUUUUGCUUGGGACUCUGACCUCUCUUCUAUACUACUGCUGUUGCAUCUGAUCCCACCUUCUGCCCAAGGCCGUUGUAGUUUUCUGUUGUUUAACAUAUCAGUGAUGGUCUUUGCUUUGUCUUCUCAGAGUGGAACAAACAUUGAGGAGCAUCUUCGAGACAUCACUGCUAGUGCUCAGCCCUAUCUCCUGGCAGUGGGACCUCAGAAGAAUUCAGUUCACCAGUACUUCAUCGUUCUUGAUCAGCAUGCCAUUCCAUGCAAGUCAACCUCUUCUCUUGGUGCCUUUGACGAACUGUUUAAGGCACACUUUGUUUUUGGCACAUCUUACAAUACUAUGCUACACAACAUGUACACUUUCAUUCAGACUACUGUAUACAACAUAGAUGUUGGCAAAGUGAAAGAGAGCCCUCGUGUUGCUGAGGGCUUGGGAAGAAAGAAUGAAAGAAAGAAAGAGAUGGAGAAGAAGAGGGCUGUGGCUCCUCACAGCUCGACUUUUUGA